UCCUUACUUUGAAAACAAGGCGCCAGCAACAGAUUCUGAAAUAAAAGAUUUUUGGGAAUGCCCGCUUCGGAGCCGGUUCGAUUGGGUCGGAAACGUGACCUGCCAUCCUGUCCGAACCCGUUGUUUCUUAAGUGGCUGACUGAGCUCCGAGACGACGCUAGAGAGAAAGGACUAAAGAUCCAGUACACUUAUCAGAAGGCAAUUAAUUCUUUGAAUAAAUAUCCUCUACCAUUGCGAAACGCCAAAGAGGCAAAGAUCCUCCAAAACUUUGGAGACGGCAUCUGUAAAAUACUGGAUGACAAACUGCAGCGGCACUACAGGGAGAACGGCCCAAACGCUCCAAUUCACUCUGUUCAAAGAGGAGCACCCCCUCCUGGCAGUACAGACAACAGCAAUAAUCUGGCUCCUUCGAGAAAGAAGAAUGCUGCAAAUAACGAAGAGAAGCAGAGAGGAGGACCAAAAGAAAAGAGGAAGAAGAGGGAAUAUGUGCCCCAGAAGAGAUCUGGGGGGUAUGCUGUAUUGCUCACUCUUUACAGACACACACAGACCCCAGGUAGCAAAGGUUUCAUGUUUAAGCUGGAACUGCAAACAGAGGCUCAGCCUCUCUGUGACAAAUCUUUCACUGUGCCUGAUCUUGGUAGUAAAUAUACUGCCUGGUCCUCAGUCAGCACUCUGAUCCAGAAGAAUCUGUUGAUAAAGACUCACAAUCCUGCAAGGUUUUCUCUGACAGAAGAAGGUCUCGCUUUGGCUGAGAAACUGGCUUCAGCUGAACAAGAGACCAAAGACGAUGCAGAGAGAGGUGGAGAGGAGGUCAGGAGUGAGAGAGCGGAGCUCGAGGAGGUGGAGGAAGCAGAAGUAGUUGACCUCACUGAGAGUGGUGAAGAUGAAAAAGAGGAGGACGCCAACAGCCUUACAGAAAGUGCUGCCUGCGUGAAUUACGAGGGCAGGGCACGUUCAUCAGGAGACCUCCAGGAUUCACAGACAACCAGCACGAAGCCGAGCGGGGAAUGUCUCCUGCCCGGAAACUAUGACAUCAUCCUCUGUGUUGACUUCAUCGAGACCACCGGAGGAAGCCAUCACCGCAAGCAAGAGCUGGUUAAGGAGCUGCAGAGAAAUGGAGUCAACUUUGACAUCAGGAAGCUAAACGUUGGAGAUUUUCUGUGGGUGGCCCGGGAAAAGGUCUCACCUCUCCCAGGUCAGUUGCGAGCUCCUGCAGGGAAGGAGCUUUUUCGAAUGAAAAGGUGUGGUCUUCGUAGGCCCAUUUAUUUAGUAGAGGGAAGUGGGGCAGCUGCUUCUCACCUGAGUUUACCUGAAACUACACUGCAGCAGGCCAUUGUCAACACACAGGUAGUCGACGGCUUUUUUGUUAAGAGAGUUCAGGAUGUGAGAGAGUCUGCAGCCUACCUUACCGUCAUGACACGAUCCUUGGCAAAACUCUACCAGAACCGUACGUUGUUCUGUCACUCCAGAGAGCUAGAGGGGGACAUAAGGAGUGAUGAAGAAGAGAGAGGGAUCCCCUCCUGCUCCCUCAUGUCCUUUGCAGAGUUCAAUCAUGCGUAUGAACAGUGUACAACUGAAGCAGAGAAAGAGAAACUGCUCUCCUGCAUCCGUUAUGGGAAGCUCAAAAGUACUAUGACAGGACAGACGGUCGUUGGACCUGUCAGUAAUAAACUAUCAAAGCAGUCAGUAAGAAGCAAACUCAAGCAAGAAGAACAAUCUUUUCCUGACAAGAUAACAUCCUUGCCUACUGAUCAGAGCAUGAAUUCAACAGUUAACCAAUCAGACCACAUAGCCAACAUGAGUUCUUUGAAUUAUUUUACUAUUUCUCUCCACGGAAUAGUUUCUUCCAUUGGCAUAAUUGAAAAUAUCCUCAUCCUCGGAGUGGUGGGCUUCCAAAUUCGCCGCACUGUCAUCAGUGUCUGGAUCCUGAACCUUGCAGCUUCUGAUUUGCUGGCCACAGCUUCCCUGCCCUUCUUCACUCUCUACAUGGCCCGUGGCAACACCUGGACCCUGGGCCAGACAUUCUGCCGCAUCCAUUCCUCUGUCUUUUUUCUUAACAUGUUCGUCAGUGCCUUCCUGCUGGCUGCCAUUGCUUUGGAUCGAUGCCUGGUUGUGCUGAGACCUGUCUGGGCCCAGAACCACAGAAGCAUCCAACUCGUGGGGAAGAUAUGUGGAGGGAUUUGGAUCCUGGCUGCUCUUUUUACCAUUCCCUUUUAUAUGUUUCGUGACACCAUAGAGCUGUCCAAGAACAAGGUUUUGUGUUACUACAACUACAAACUGUUUCUGCCAAGUGGGUCUUAUGAUGCAAAGUCUCUAAUCAAGCAGCGCAAAGAGGGCUUGGCUUUUAUGAGGCUCUUUCUAGCCUUCCUUAUCCCUCUUUUAAUCAUCAUCCUUAGCUACAUAGCUGUUAGCGUCAGGCUGGCACACAGAGGCAACCGGCCGUCAUUUCGUUUUGUUCGGCUUGUAGUGUCUGUGGUUGUGACCUUCUUUCUCUGCUGGGCGCCAUAUCACCUCUUCAUUAUCAUGGAGGUGAUAUCCGCCAAUGGGCACCCUGCGCAGAAACUUGCAACAAGGGCUCUUCCAAUUGCAGCAACUCUUGGCUUCUUAAACAGCGUCAUCAACCCCAUCCUGUAUGUGUUCAGCUGCCCCGACCUGUGCCGUAAGAUCCGACAUUCUCUCGGGGCAGUGAUGGAGAGCGUGCUGGCUGAGGAUUUGGCAGAGCUGAUGCGGCGACGCAGCACUGCUCGCAGCUUUAUCAGUGACUCAGAAUUUGCAUUGAAACGGAAGAAGUCGAUUCCAACCUCAAGUCAGAACACCGAUGAGCAGGAGUUAAAUGAAAGUGUUAGUCCCUCU